AAUUGCUUAAUUAGAGGCAGGUUGAAAAUGGGCUAUUAAAGACUGCAGACCUAAGCAGAUCUGAUUGCACUUCACUGAGGUUUAAUUUCAAGUAAGCAUGUUUGGGAUCAUGGAGUGUCCCCACUUGAUGGGUGUGGAGCAUGUGCAGAGUGCUCCAUUUUUGGGACUCACCAACCUGUGUCCUACAUGCAUGCUUGAACUAGGGUCAGGGGUCUCAGGGUAAGUUUCAAAACUUCUGAGAAGGUUAACCUAAUAGCUUUUAAUGGUUUUGCUGAGGCAGUGUCUUGUCCCACUGGUUCAUCCAGCCCAGCAGGCGUGGCUGACACAGGAGGGAGCUGCCCCACUGGCACUAGAGCAGUGGACUCAUUCUGGUGCAUAUUGGCUGAAGCUGAUGGAUGCUUGGAGCCCCACAACAACUGGAGGGACAGGGCUCCCAUCCUGAGGGGGAGCACCCAGAUUUACAUCCUCCUUCGGCCAUGGAGCUCAAUGAACUCCAUGGCGGUAAGACAACCUGUUACUGAAUGUUUGUUGGACCUUGUCCAACCUGCUGUAUUGCAGAUGUUUUCAAGUUAUAACUCUAAAAAGACCCAACCAGCAUGACAGGGAGGAUGGGAGUUGUAGUCCUGCAACAUCUGGAGGGCACCAGAUGUUUUUGUCCAAAGUCUGAUUUAAAGAUCAGGACCAGAGAUGGCAGACGCUGGAUUGGGAGUCUACUGGGAAUAACCAAUCCACAAGCUUGCACUACACCCCUGAAAUGAGUUUGCAUCUAUUAUUGUUUCAGCUUUGCUUGCGGAAAGUCUCCAAAGGCCUGGGCCAACUUGAAGCCUACAUCGAUGCAGAAGAAGGUGUGGCUUUCCAGAUGGAUAACAACCUGAUCUGGGACUCAUUGGAUGGCCAAUACACAUGGGCCAUACAGGGUCUAACUGAAAAGUUGGCAUCUAGCAAAUUCUGGGUCACUUGUCUGCCUAUGGGAAAGGUUAUGCUGAGAAACUGGGCAGGGAAGUAUCUCGCUGCAGUGGCUAUAGGAGAAAACCCAGUAAACUUCCCCAUCCAGCCUGUUCAGUACUCAGAAGAUCCAUCUUUACAGUUUGAGGUCUUUUACAAGGGCAAUAGGGUAGCUUUCCAGGCCUACAAUGGGCUGUUCUUGACCAGGACAUAUAGAGGGUUCACUUCAGUUGAAGCAGCCAAGUUGGUCGCUGAUGAUUCCUGUUAUUUCCGUCCCCUGAUCGGAGACCUCCUCCCCCCAAAGUUCAAAAUACUGAGGGUGAUCACAAGCGAUCUCUCUCACAUGAUAUACCACCACUCUGUCUUGGAUAAGCAGGUCUACGCCAACCGGGGGGAAGCAGCAGUGAGGCACACUUUCGACAUGACUUGGGAGUCGACCGUUGCAGACACCGUUUUCUGGAACAGUCUGUGGGGGCUUGGUGUGGAAACUUCCUGCCACUUCACUGUUGAAGAUGCAAUGCCUCGUUUGGAGUACACGAAGAACAAUGACCGGACCGUCCUUGUGCAGAGGAAUAUUUCUCAGAGGCUCACCCAGGAGGUGCUGGUGCCCCCCCACACUGAAGUCUUGGCCAAGCUUGUUGUCCACAGAAAUUCUACGGCUACUGUGUCAUUCACAGCUGUCAUCCAAAAGGUGAAAUCAAAUGGGGAUGUGGUGAUGCUGAACAAAGGUGGGCUCUGGAAGGGUCUUGUCUACCACGGGGUCCGUCUGGAGAUCACCAAGCGGAAGCUGAGUGAGCGCAGACCUCUUGAGGAAUGCCCCCUCCUGUGAUGUUAUGGGGAGUGGUGUCCUUCCAAGGGGGCCACAUGGACUGGAUGGCAGGUGGCUCACCCCUGAAGAAACAUAGCUAUGGCUGCUCAGAUUCUGGACCACCCUGGUCCGUUGUCACUUUGAAGACUAUUCCUGCUUAUCAAGGCAGGCAAGGACUGCUUCCUGGCUGUCUUCUGGCAGAUCCUUUCUACCUCUUAGGUGCCUGAAAAUGAUGGCUACCUUUUUUACGACAAAGAGGAAGAGAGCUCCUUGCCUUUUUAGCAUAAUUAACGCAACUUAAA